GCGACAUGCUCCGUUCCAAACUAACAAAGCUGCGGUUUUAGUGAAAGAUCGAUCGGACUUGGAGAAGAAGACGCAAGAGGAGAAGAGAAGAUGGUUGGCGCGAAUCUGAAAGCGGAGACGAUGGCUCUAAUGGACAAGAGAGCAGCGAUGGAGACGGAGAUGAACUCUAUUGUCCAACGUCUUUGCAAUCCCGGCGGUCCUGGUCUCUCCGGCAAUCUCAUCGACUCUGAGGGAUUCCCGCGGGAAGAUAUUGACAUUCCGAUGGUGAGAGCUGACCGUCGUCGUUUUGCUGGUGAUUUCUCUUUUCUUGUGUUGAAUUAGUCUAUAGUUAGGGCGAGAUUACGAUUCCAUGGCAGGGCUGAACUUAAAGAACUCUUAGGAAACAUAGCAAACUCGUACUGAGCAUAUAUUGUUUUGCUUUUUUCUUGGCUUGAGGCUAUUUCAUAGUUUUGUGAACGAGAUAUGAGAUUGGAAGGAAUCAAGCUUGAGUUUGUAUAAUUUGAACUUGCCAUAGAGUUGAUGUGUGUUGAUGUCCGUAUAUUUUAUCUUGUUUCCCUUAGUUUAUUCACAUCUUUUGCAUCUUUUGUUAUCCAUUUAGGCCAUUAUUGUGUAGUUUUAGGAUUGUUCAUGCAUUAGAGUAGAGUUGCAUAGCAUUUGCAUGUUUUCUUGCAUAAACAGGUGAUUUUGGAGCCUAAGGAUCAUGGAAGCAAUGCUGGAGAAGAGUGAAGCUAUCAAUAGGAUAAAGCAAAGGAGUUAGAGCUGAAGAAACAAGGUCCGGAGUUCCACUCGACCGCCCACUCGACCGUGUACGGAGAAGGACUCGACCGA